GGCCCUGGAGCUUUUGUUUCGGGGGGAACUUUCCUCGUGACCUCGGGGUAAAACGGGAUCCGAAUCUGGGGCUCUUUGGUUUGGACACGGCUCGGUUCCCCGUCAUGGCGGACCAAGAGGAAGCUUUUGGUCCUCUGCAUUCACCCAGCGGCUCGGACUCCAGAGAUGUGCCAAACGAAAACAAAAAUGAGAAACAAAACGGGACAACAACCAAAUCCCCCUCCUCACAGACCACCUACAUCCAGCAGGGAAUGGAAGGAAUCAAAGUUUAUCUGCACGAGAGAGAGCUGUGGCUGAAGUUUCAUGAAGUGGGAACAGAGAUGAUCAUCACAAAAGCGGGAAGGCGCAUGUUUCCCAGUUUCAAGGUAAAAGUCACUGGGCUCAAUCCUAAAACCAAAUAUAUUUUGCUGAUGGACGUGGUGCCCGCGGAUGACCACAGAUACAAGUUUGCAGACAAUAAAUGGUCUGUCACGGGUAAAGCUGAGCCCGCGAUGCCCGGGAGGCUGUACGUUCACCCGGACUCACCCGCCACGGGCGCGCACUGGAUGCGCCAACUCGUGUCUUUCCAGAAACUGAAACUGACCAACAACCACCUGGAUCCUUUCGGACACAUCAUCUUGAACUCUAUGCACAAAUAUCAGCCCAGGAUCCACAUCGUCAAAGCGGAUGAGAACAACGGGUUUGGCUCCAAAAACACCGCGUUCUGUACGCACGUGUUUACAGAGACCGCGUUUAUCGCAGUCACGUCCUACCAGAACCACAAGAUUACUCAGUUAAAGAUCGAGAACAACCCGUUUGCUAAAGGCUUUCGAGGAAGUGACGAUAUGGAGCUGCACCGGAUGUCCAGGAUGCAAAGCACCAAGGAGUAUCCUGUGGUCCCUCGCAGCACAGUGCGUCAGAGAGUGGGCUCCAGCCAAAGUCCUUUCAGUGGAGAGAUUCAAAGCAUAAACAACCCCAUCAGCAGCCAGUACUCCCAGUGCGACAGCGCCGUGUCCAGCACGUCUCAGGACCUGCUGCCCCAGUCCGGCUCCUACCCUCUGCCCCACGAGCACAGCCAGGAUUAUCACUGCAUCAAGAGGAAAGUGGAGGACGACUGUCACUCGGGUGAACACACCUACAAGAAGUCCUACUUAGAGAGCUCGUCCAGUGAGGACGACCAUUACUACAGACCUGUGGGCUACACUCAAAGCCUGAGUCUGGCUGGAGGCCCAUAUCGCAGCGAGUCCAGUCAGAGGCAGGCGUGUAUGUACGCCGGAGCACCACAGGGGGCGGAGCCUGUUCCUAGUCUAGAGGACAUCAGCUGUAACACGUGGGCGAGCGUGUCGCCCUACGGGAGCUGCUCCGUCACCACUAUGCAGCCCAUGGAGCGGCUGCCCUACCAGCACUUCUCAGCCCACUUCACCUCAGGGUCCCUCGUGUCCCGGCAGCUGGGGGACGGUCACCACGCAGCCAUGUACCAGAGCCCCAUGCACCACCAGACGCUGGCCCGCCAGUGCAGCCCCGGAGCGGGGAUCCAGUCGCCAACAGCCAGCCUCCAGGGGAACGAGUACCUUUACCCCCACGGCAUCCCACGCACACUGUCCCCUCACCAGUACCACGCUGUGCACAGUGUCAGCAUCAUGCCAGAGUGGAACGACAACAGCUAAAAGCCUUUUGUGCGGUGACUCAACACAUUGUACAGAUAAAAACAAAC